UUUAACUGUCACACGUGUCGGUGAUAAAAAAUCCCACACACUAUUCAGCGCAACGCGUUAGUGUCUUUAACACUUGUCGUUUUUUCGUAGCAGGCUAUGUCGUUGGGCAACGCAGGUCGAAUUGCUAUCUGUUGGACUGUUCUGACUGUGGGUGGCGUGUACGCUUUUGUGCUGUCAAAACAAUCCGUUGAGAACCGGCGUUACGAGAGCAUGCGAGUACGUGAGCGCAUGAGGAAGGCGAACCAGGGCGAUUACGACUCAAAACAAGCAUCGGACAGGCGAUUCGACUACUAA